UCUCUCUUUCUCUGGAUCUUUGAGUUCUUUAUGCUACUACUGAAUUGGUUAACCAACCAUUCAUCACUGUUGGAAUCGAAGAAACUUCGAUUAUUUUUUAAUGGAAUCAUCCUAGGUUUACUAUCUUUGUCAUAAUACAACAUAUGGUUGAAAGACUAAACAUUCUUUCCAUCGGAUCAAAGAUUUGCAACUGUAGACUGAAAAUUAUUAGAAUUCGACAGUCCAUAGGAAGUGGAGUUUUCUCGACUGUACGUUUGGGCGGGGAAAUUAGAAAUUUAUCUUUAAAUCUAUAAUUCACCUCAACUAAGAACCCUGAGUGGGAGAGAGGUUUGUUUUAUUGACUACAGUAUAUCAAAAUAAGAAUGAAACUUUAAAUCCCAUUCCUCCCCCUCUUUUGUCUGAGUAGCUCCUUGAACCUCCCUGUGCCUCCCUCUUCUCCCUUUGCCUCGUGUGUAAACCUCGACACCCAUUCUUCUAGAUGGAUCAGAAAGAUUCAGCCCAUUGUGUCUCUCCAUCCUUCCUCGUCAGGUCCAAGGCAUGAUGGGCCAGUCUCACAUUCCGGUCCAACCUUAAGUUCAUUCCUCAGUCCCAUGAAAUUUCUCUUUAAAUCACGUGGGCUAGCAGCUUCGGUAACAAAGCGAGAAUCCCGGGUCUGUCUCUGCGCCCAUUAUUACUCUCCAACCUUUCUUGCCGAUGACGUCCACAAUAAGAUGGGUCAGACCCGCACACAAUCCCGCGUGCUACCCCAGCUUUAGCUGAAUCCUACAGCACGCGGGUGACACUCCCGAGGGACCAGCAGAUUUAGCGCGAUCUGAAUUCUGAACGGUCACAUCUCAGUGCGCCACGCGCGGUCGGUCUCUUAUCUUCUUUCACCCUCAUUUCCGGCGCGUGUCCUCCCCUUCUUCUUCCUCACACAUACUUCACUGAUCUCUGGUACGCUCUCUCCUUUAGCCACUCUUGAAUUUCAAUAUCUCCUUUCACCCCUUUGCUAAGAAUCUUGUUCCACUCUUCCUCCUUCAUUAAGAAAGCCCCAUGGCUUCCUUCAAGACUUUCCGUCGUGGGCACCAGUUCUGGUGAAAUCUCCUCCCAGAUUGAUUCUCUCUAACAAAGACGAUCAUCAUGAAUGAACACUUCUUUCGGACAGUCAGAGCCCAGUUUCACCGUGAUUCGAACGCUCUCCGCAUCCCUCGUUUCAUCUGCUUCGGCACACACAAAACCACCGCAUAACUCCCCUACUUCAACAAAGAGGGCCUGGCGCCAGAGGUGUAAAGGGAGCCCAAAUAGCCGAAUCUUUUUGAGUCCUUUAUCUUUUAGCACACCUGAACCACCGCAUAACUGACCCGUUUGCUACAGCCAGCCAAAAUUUGUGGAUUUGCCUGUCAUUGGUGGUGAGUUCACAACUGAUGGUGCUUUUGCCACGUACCAUAAUUUUAAGGAUAUGAGUAGUGCUGCUGAUGAAACAGAAAGCCUUUCUGAUAUUGAUGAUACUGAGGUCAAUGGCUACCUUAACAGUGAGGAGAAGAGUCGGUACAAAAAGGUCAUCGGGGAAGAAAUGAACGAAGAAUAUCUUCAGGAACAAGCAGCCAAGGAAGCGGCAGCUGUUGCUGCUAUUAAGGAUUUUAGUGCGGCUUCAGGUGAUUUUCGUGCUGCAUGCGAACUUGCUUCUGCUGCCGCUGCUGCUGUUGCAAAAUCAAGAGAAGAGAAACAAAGACAAAGACAGGCUUUGGAAGCUAAGAAUGCUGGUCCUGCUCAAACUGCUGCAGAAACGACCCGCAACAUGUUUACUAAGAAGAGAUUGGGUUCGAAAAGCAACUAUGAUGUAUUGGAGACUCUAUUUGAUGAUGAUCUGGCUUCAGAUGCAAAACGAAACCGCUCCGACUCUCAUUGUGACAGAAGUGUCACCAGGCAACAACCUGACGAGGAAGAAACUAAAUCUGGCACCACGUCCAAUAAUGAUGAUCAGGGACAGGAUGAUGAAUAUAUGGAAGUUAAUGAUUGUGAUUAUGGCGCGGAAGUUAAUGAUUGUGAUUAUGAAGGAAUAAGGUGAACACGGGCUUCUAGACACGGAAAGGUACCAACCCAACCGUUCGGCAAUGGCAUUUGCAUGAGUAUUGAUAUCUUACCAAUUGGUGGAUCCAAAAAUAUAGUUAGGAUACAGAGGUAAGUGAAUACAGUUGUAGAAGGCAUACGGAUUUGGAAUACAGAAGUUUAUAGUAAUUUUUUAUGUGCAGAAUCUUGACUUAGAAAGUUC